GAGGCGCGAGGAGCCUCCGUACAAUGCAGCGCGCCACGAGGCUGGCGGUGGCGCUCUUCGGCAGCGCGGUGGCGGCUUCCAGAGUGCGUAUCGCAUCGCGGUCCGCGGCGGAUCACCCCGUGGAGAAGGUGAUCAAAUUGCUGCAGGACCUGGACGCCCAGGCGGUGAAGGCGUCUCAGGAGGAGGAGUACGAGUACGGCAAGUUCCACCAGUGGUGCGAGGACUGCGAGUCGGCGCUCUCGAAGGCGGUCGAGAAGGGCAAGCAGGAGAUCGAUUCGCUGAAAGACAAGGUCAGCGGGCUGGAGAAGGAGGAGAAGUCCCUCGUUAAGGC